AUGGAACUGCAGGCAGCGUUGAUGUUGGCAAUGUGGAUGUGUGUCUCCCAACAAAGGCAACACAUCACGGACAGCUUGAGGAACCUUGACAAAUCAUCACGCAGAUUAACAAGAAGGAGAAGCGCAAUAGAGAAAACAACAAAGGAGUUCAUGGAAGGCCACCAGCUCUCUUCCCAAGAAGAGACAGCGACUUCCCCGUUUCCCACACUUGAGGCCUUCAAGACGCGAAGGGAAUCUCAUCGUUGUGCUAUCAACAUGAUGUACCCAAAGUGCAAAUGUUCGAUGGCCAUCACGUGUGACUGCCUAGUGCGGCUGGUCAACCUUCACAGGAGCUGGGGGGCACUGGGAUGA